GUCUUCAGAACGGGAUCAGGACCAGUGCUGGCGGAAUUAUGACAAGAUACAUAUUUGUUGCUAUGACGUGUUUUGAAAUCGUCGUCUCUACAACUUUUAAAGAACCCCUUUGGACUUAUGACGAUGAAACCAACUGGCCAGGGGUGAAUUGCAAAGAGGGCGGCAAGCGGCAGUCGCCCAUCGACAUCAGGACAGCAGACGUGGUGAAGGACUACGCCAAGCAGUUCAUCAAACACGGCCAGCUCAAGUUUACGGGGUACCACCGCGUGCUGGUAUCGGGGAUCAAUAAUGGACAUACUGUGCAAUUCAGCUCGGAAGGCGAGGAGGCCAUCCACCCGACGCUCACGGGAGGACCGCUGGAGCACCGCUACCGGCUGGAGCAACUGCACUUCCACUGGCUGUCCGAGCACUCCGUCAACGGGAUCAAUACAUUCAGCUCGAAAGCCAUCCACCCGACGCUCACGGGCAGACUGCUGGAGCAGCUGGACUUCCACUGGCUGUCCGAGCACUCCGUCAACGGGAUCAAUGCAUUCAGCUCGGAAGGCGAGGAGGCUAUCCACCCGACGCUCACGGGAGGACCGCUGGGGAAGCUGCACUUCCACUGGCUGUCCGAGCACUCCGUCAACGGGAUCAAGUUUCCCAUGGAAAUCCACUUCGUCCACGUGCGGUCGGAUCUCAACGUGGGAGAUGCUUUGGUUAGCAAGGAUGGGCUGGCCAUCAUUUCUGUAUUUUGCAACGUCCAGGCAGAGCUGGACGACCGACAGCAGCAGGCGUCGGACGAGAUCAUGCAGUACAUCCCGAAGCUCCUGGAGACCGGAGACAGGAUCAGCGGGGUCCUGAUGGACAUGACAAAGCUGCUAAGCCCGAACCAGCAGUCAUACUACACAUAUGCGGGCUCGCUCACGUCGCCGGAGUGCAACGAGGCCGUCAUCUGGAUCAUAUUCGACACGCCCAUCUUUCUGUCCGAUGCUGACUACCGCAUGUUCGGCAAAGUAGGGGUCGGCCGGCACAACUUCAGAUCGCUACAGAAGCUCAACCACCACGUAGUCUUCAAGCCUGUCUCCGCGUCGCUGCACACGCCGCAAAUCGUCAAACUCUUCGAUGACGUCGUCAAACUGGUCACGGACUUCUUUAGGAACGUUACUUCAUUCAUGUCAAAAGGAUUGAGGUCACGAUAGAAUAAGGUCUUCAGAAAGUAAGGAACCAGUCAGAAAAAACCAGGAGGAAGACGAGCAAUUCAGUCAUAAUCGAAAUUAACUUGAAGCUUAGCUCUUACCGUACCCCAAACAACGUUAUCCGAAGUUCCGAAAGUUUCUAUCUUUUUCACGCAAAGUGAGAUGCCAACUGGAGCGACAGUGAAAGAUAGAACCCAAACAACAUAAACGGCGUCAGGAAGAUCAAUUGGGCAAAAUAUCCCUCAAAAUUACCAAGUAGAUAACAAUGCAGAUAGCAUUAAGUUCGCGUUUUGAACUUUGUUCUCGUGUAAUAAAGUUCUUAAUCAAUUUGCGUGUGAUUACACGCUACACAUUAUAUUCACGUGUAUAAGUAUUCACGUGUCACGGAACAUGUUACUGUCCCCCUUUAUGAAUCGACUAAAAUGUUAUUAUUAAAAACUGUGAGCGAAUUCUUAGCUAAGCAAAUCCUGUCUAAUGUAGACUUCCUAAAAGCUAAUCCUCUGGGACUUCUGUAUCUUCACUGAUCAAGGCUGUUUCAAGCGUCAAAACAAUAAUUAUGCUAGUUUUCCUCCGGUAAUAUCCUUUAGGCUCGGUUUUUAUAUGAUCAAUGCCUUUUGGUUUGGGUUAUGGAUUUUAUGACAUAAAGAAUAUGAUUGUAAAAGACAAGAUAAGUAAUCAUUGACAAUAUAAAAACCAAGCAUCUUAGGCGAAAUUGUUGUAUAUAAAUCUAGAUUAAUGAUUAUUUCAUAAAUAAAAACUAUUUUUAAGAGUUUGUCGUUUAUUUAAAUAAUAUUAACAACUAUACAUUCUCCCAAUGUACACAAUAUCACGCGUGACAAAAAAUAACAAUUUGUAUAAGUUUUAUCGACCACACAGUUUUUGAAGAAGAA